CCAGCGCUGAAGGUGCUCCUGCCUCCUCCUGCCUUUCUGCAAGGGGGUGUUGGGCACGGGGAGUUCUCCCUUGGGGAAUAACUCAGCUCCUUGCAGGGUUUUCCUGCCCCAUGGAGGGCUCCUGCAGGGGUUGGUGCCACCCCAGGGUGCAGGAGGGGCUCAGCUCUAACCCCGUUUCUCUUGCAGAGCUGCCCGAGCCCUCCCUCCCUGCCCCGAGGCAGAUCCCUGCGCUGCCCCCGGCCGAUCCCCGGUCCCCCGCCCGCCCCGCCGUGCCCAAGAAGGAGAAAGCCCUGGAAGGUGACAAAUCCCCGGCAGGGCUGACCAAAGUCCCCCGGGCCGAGCCCUGCGGCACUGCCGAAGCUGUGACAUGCCAGCCCCAGGUGGGGCCACCCCUGCAGCCCCCCGGGCCCUGCACGCAGCUGCUGCCCAACGGGGAGGCCGGGAACGGGACCUGCCGGGCGCAGAAACCGCCCCGAAAGCUGCAGCCACACCACUCCAUCCACAGCCAGGGCAGCAAGAAGAGCAAGGGCAGCUCCAAGUCACCCUCUUCCCACAUCCCCAUUGAGGCACAGGAAGAUUGCUGCGUCCACUGCAUCCUCUCCUGCCUCUUCUGCGAGUUCCUGACCCUCUGCAACAUCGUGCUGGACUGUGCCACCUGCGGCUCCUGCACCUCCGAGGACUCCUGCAUCUGCUGCUGCUGCUGCAACUCGGGCGAGUGCGCGGACUGCGACCUGCCCUGCGACAUGGACUGCGGCAUCAUCGACGCCUGCUGCGAGUCUGCCGACUGCCUGGAGAUCUGCAUGGAGUGCUGCGGGCUCUGCUUCUCCUCCUGAGGGGUCCCCCUGGGCGGGGGGACCUGCACCGGGACCCCCCAGGCUCUCCCACAGCUGGCGAGGCUCCGGCCGGUCCCCCGGGAGACCUCGCGGAGGAAGAGGAGGAGGAGGAGGAGGAGGAGGAGGAGAGUGAAUCCCGCUGGAAUCCUUGUCCUUGGAGUGUGUCCUGCCCGGGGAGGGCUGAACCCUGAGGGCCAUGGGGGCUCUGGUGGUGUCCUGGCCUGCUCUACCUCUGCCAGCGCUGGGGGGGACAGCGGGAGCCUCCUGCCACCUGAGCCGAGAGCAGGAGCGCCCGUCACACAGAGCCACCCCAGCACUGGGGACAGCUGUCACACAGAGCCACCCCAGCAUUGGGGACAGCCGUCACACAGAGCCAC